AUGUCGAGCGCAGAUGAGAGACACGAUGUUCGGUUGGAUUGUGCGCUGUUGAUUUAUAUGUAUAUAGCACUUCUACAUACACAGACACAGACAGACACGGACACAGACACACACAUACAUACAUACACACAUACACACAUACAUACAUACACAGAGACAUACUUUAAUGCAUAG